AUGACUUUCUUGUCCCCACCACCGUCCACCGUCCUCUCUGAGCCCCACCCACGCGCCUUUAGAGCGCCAACGCGUGACGAGUGCGAAUGGGGCAUUAUGAAACGAGAGCGGUCCUCUCCCGUCGCCCCGUCGAUCACGACGGCCAACAUUGUGGCUCUUCCCUCGCGCCUUUUCGGAAACAUCUACCUGCCCGUUGGGUGGAGUGUGGCCGAUGCGACCCUGCGGGGUCACCACACUGUACGCAGUGAGGGCCCGCGCUAUGCCGCCGAUACGCUAAGCGGGAAUAGUUUCGUAAUUGGCGCACACUCGCCCAAGGCGGAAAGCCGGCUUACAUUGUUCGCUAAAGCAGUAUUGUCGGUGCUACCGCUGUUGUUCCUGAUGCCUGUUGAGCAGCGCGAUAAGACCGCGGCCAUAUUGUCACCGCUGCAUUCGUCGCGAACACGUUUACCGCUAGACAAGGGGUGCCGCAUCCCUUACGUGGUUCCUCUUAACUACAUAAUCGAUAUGGUUUCACCGCUUCCGCGCCGCCUAGACUCAGCCGAUUUCGGAAUCUGCAGCGGAUUCGGAGUGGCCCCGAGUGGCGUGACCCAUCUCGAGGGCCACUCGGCACCGGCGGCUGCGGCGCGCAUAUGCCGACAUCGUACCAUCACGGCUCUCGUGAACGCUCUACAUUCCGACGGUUCCAUUUUCACUCUGAUGCCGACCGUACAAGUGGCCCAACUCAACCGUGACACUUUAAUGGGCUCUCUCGAGGCUGCCCCGCGACCCGGGCUCAAACCUCCGACCCCACGGAGACAAGCACAAGAUGCAAUACGUGUCGUGAUCGUAGAACGGGCUGCACGUGGCGGUGCCACGAUAAAAGCUAAGACCCCGCCCCGGGGAGCAUACGAAGGAACGGACCGCGUACCGUUAGGCACCGCGCGCCGCCGCACC